AUGGGACGAUUGCGGCCGCCCAACAUCUCCGUGCCUGUCGACAGCUGCCGCUCCAUACACCAAAUUCCACAAAAGGUCAAAAGGGUUUUCAAAGGGUACCGUCCCAGUGACAGCUACACUCUCAGAAAUAAAGAAUCACACUACACCGUCUCUCUCUCCACCAUAACUCCUCUGUUCAGUCUUCUGGUCUUCUCUUUAAAGAAGAGAAAGUCCAAGUAUUCGGCGACACGCAGGCUUCUGCUAAAGACCAAACUGCUGAGAAAAGCAGAAAGUUUGCUGGUGAAAGAAAAAGAGCAAAAAGACGUGGAAAGAGAAAACGCCCUCAGGGAGAAAGCGCCUCCCCUUAAACUCUCUGGCCUUUCUGUUCAAGAACUGCAGGAGCUUUGUAAAGAUUUGCACGAAAAGAUCGACAUUGUGGAUGAAGCGCGAUAUGAUCUUGCUAUAAAAGUCGCCAGGAAUGAUGCAGAGAUUGUGUCGCUUACCCAGAGGGUCUAUGAACUGAAGGGCAAAAUGAAGCGGCCAAAGCUGAAGCGGGUGAAGAAGUCUGCAGGUGCCAUGCUGGGUGCCCUCACAGACAACCGAAUUAUGAAAGCUGACUUCAAAGCAAAUCUCAAAACAGUGAAAAAAGAAGAGGAAAAGAAGGAAGAGGUGACGGACUGGAGGAAAAACGUGGAGGCCAUGUCAGGCAUGGAGGGCAGGAAGAAACUCUUCAACGCCGGGCAGUAGACAAAAACUGUGCAAUAUUUUCACCAAUAGGGGGUUAUCUUCAUAUAACAAUGAUUACUUAAAUUUUAAUUACCUUGAAUAUUGUUUGGUAAAUUAUUCAUUUUGUCAGCCAGCUGUGUGCUUGCGAUAAAAUGUGAUGAAAUAAAUAUGUGGGCACUUUCCGUAGAGAAGGAUAAUAUUCAUAUCAUAUCGCCUAUGUGUAAAUAUUUGCUUCAUAUUCUUGUGUUGAUUGAAACAAAUAAGGUUCACCUUCUAGCAUGCUGAUUUUAUUACCUAUUUGUAGCAAUACAAGCAUUUCAUUUUUAAUAAAAUCCACCAUAUUAAAUAAA